AUGAGUCUAGGUCAAUGCUCGCUUUUGGAUGUUUUGAUUAGAUGUCAAGAUCUGCUCAAAAGUGAUGAGCAAUUAGAUAUUUCAGUGUAUCUCCAGCAUUUAAGCUCAUGUAUUCAAAACAGUGCGAGUAAUGAAAACAACCGUGUGCAACUGGCUAAAAACAAGUCGUUGAUUACGCAAAUUAGUAAAAUAAUAGCAUUGGCAACACACAAUAUAAUAAAUGAAAAUGGAGGAUUAAAUGUACCCAAGUUGCGUGUUCUCCGAGGUGUUGUUAUACUCUUUAGAAAUUUGAUCCCAGACAUCAUUCGUAAUGAAACAAUGAAAAUGGAUGAAAUUGAGCAUCUAAUUUGGCAACUUAUUACUGGUGGAUCCCGGCAUAUUGACCAGAGUAACAGGCAGAUAGUAUUGAGAACAAUCACUUCAUGCCUUCAAUGCCUUUGCAAUGCCAAAACUGCACAGGCACAAAUUUCGACAGAUGGAAAAGACAUAAAUGAAGGAGAGAGCUUACAAAUAACUGAAGGGAUAAAGACAAUAUCACAAAUUCCCAUACACAAUUCCAAGGAUCAAGAGGAACUUUGGAUGGGCUUACUCACACUUAUAGCAAAGUGUGAAACUUCUGAUGAAUUCACGACUAACUGGAUCAGCAUUUAUUACGAGAGCUUUAAGCAAUUCACCACAUCUUACAGGGCACUAUCAUAUGAAUAUGGGUGGAAGGAAAAGGAAACAGAUCAAGAUGAACUUCCAGAUGCAAGCGCAUUCACUCUUCUUGGGCUUCAUGUAUUCUUGAAAGUGAUAACCAAUGCCAGAUGCUUGAAUUUGGUUGAAAAACUUAAUGAAGAAAGCAGACCAGAUCCCUUACUCGAGCUUUUGAGGAUGACACAGAUACUUUCUGAAGGAAAAGAGGAGGGGUGGACUGAAGAUGAACUUAGAAGUGUAAGCUCAUGGCUCAUGGAAUAUACCAAAAGUUUACUUAAGAGUAUCGAAAACGAAAGCGGAGGGUUAGAACAAAUACUUAAGAAAUACGAAAGACGACUUGCUUCUACGCUGGACAGCAUUUCCAGCCUUAUGAAGUUUCCAUUUGUGGUGAAACAGAUGAAUUCAUACCAUUUCCUAGAUACUGUUCUUGAUCUCUUCAAAAUCAUAUGUCGGAGACCUAAAAAAGGAAAUUUCGAUGAAGCUAGGACCAAUUUUGAAAGCGAGAACAAAGCUGGCAUUAAAGGAAUCAUCAUUGAGAUAAUCAGUUAUUUGGUAAACGGGAAUCAUGCCAAUCAGGAACAGGUGAGAAAACAACACUGUCUUGAAUUAGUGCUUGACAGUUCAAAUUUAGACCUCGAAGAACCAUUUAUCAGGGAAAGAGCAAUUCUCUGCAUCAGGGCACUAUUGGACAGAAAUCGUGGAAAUCAAGAUUUCAUUGCCAAUCUAGAGGUCAAAGGGGCAAAAAUUGAUGAAAAGAGUCGCAGGAUGUUGGAAGAUUGUGGUUACAAGGUAAACAUCGUAGAUGGAAAAGUGAAAUUAACUGCGAUGGGCGGUGACUUUGAAGGUGGAAAAAUACAUGAAAUAACUGAACACCAGGGCCAGUGA